CCUCAUGAAUCGUGUUGCAAUACAUUUCACACUAUUUAACCAACUUCUUUUUUAACUAAAAUAACUAUCAAGACAACAAUAACAAUGAUGUUAGGCUAUUUUUUUGGUCCAAAUUUCCCCCAAGAAUGAGUCAAAACACACAACCCUUGUUUUUCUCUAUUCCAAUCAGAUUAAAUCCACAUUUUACUCCAAAACAAUCCAUUUUAACUUCAUAAUAUUGGGAUCUCCAAACACGUGCCCUUCCCUUAUUGGUUCAAUUCCAAUCCAGUUUAAACCAUUGCAAGAAAAAAUUGAAAUUCUAUUUUAGUUUGAUAUAAAUCAGAUUUCUUCAGACAAAAUAAAGACUUUGUUUGGUCUCAAUUGUGUGAGGCUGAAACAAAGAGCCACAACUUCAAUUCAUUGAACAUUUUUUGAACUUUAAUCCUCGGCAGCCCAAUCGAUCUGUUGGUUUCUUCUCAAGAAGUUGUUCUUCAGAACGAAUAGGAAGAGAUUAUUUAAUUCUUUAUUUUUUUAUUUUUGAAAAAAAUUGGAAGACAAAAAAAUGGCAUUCACAGGGACAUUGGAUAAAUGCAAGGAUUGCGAUAAGACUGUUUAUUUUGUUGAUUUGUUGUCUGCUGAUGGAGUUACUUAUCACAAAUCGUGCUUCAAAUGCAGCCACUGCAAAGGAACUCUUGUUAUGAGCAACUACUCUUCCAUGGAUGGAGUCCUCUACUGCAAAACUCAUUUUGAACAACUUUUCAAGGAGUCUGGCAAUUUCAGCAAGAACUUCCAAACAUCGGGGAAACCUGAGAGGGAAAAUUCACUGACUAGGGCCCCAAGCAAACUUUCUUCCUUGUUCUCUGGAACCCAAGACAAGUGUUCAGCUUGUAACAAAACUGUGUACCCAUUAGAGAAGGUGAAUAUGGAAGGAGAGUCUUUCCACAAAUCAUGCUUCAAGUGUGCUCAUGGUGGCUGUCCCCUUACACAUUCCUCUUAUGCUGCCCUUGAUGGAGUUCUCUAUUGCAAGCACCAUUUUGCUCAACUCUUCAUGGAGAAAGGAACAUAUAGCCAUGUCCUCGAGGCCGCUCAUCAUCGAAGGAACAGUAGUGUGGUUUCUGUUGAACCAGGAUUAACAGAGGAAGAGCCAAAACCAGAUCUUGACAAGACAGAAGAGUAGUCCUAACUACAAACUUUAGUCUCCCCUUUCAAUUCAUCAUUUCCAUGUUUCCAAAAUAUUUCCAUUGUCAUGAUAAAUUUUUUUUGUCUACUCUCAAAAACAUUGUUUCUUGUUUGGUUGUGCUUUCAAGAGAUUAAUUGUGUAUGUAAUUAAUACAAAUGUGGCUUGUGUUUACUAAUCUUAAUUUUUUGGUGCUUUUGCCAACAACUUAAUGCAAUCAAAAUCAUCUCAAGCAAUGCUUUUAGUUUUA